GGGCGUGUUUCAUCCAGAUAACGGGACUGGCUGAGAGACAGAACUUCUGUCGGCCUCCUCUUCUGGACCCGUCAGUAAAACUGCUCCGGUUCAACAACAACAAAUCCGUUUUAACGACGUUAAAGAUGCGACACGGGCGAACGGAGAUCUAGCGACGGUACAAGCGACGUGUAGCGGUGCUUUCUAUCCAAACGGUAGCUCGCUGACGUUAGAGAUGAAACGUUAGAGUAACUUAGCCGCGAGCCGCUUAGUCCUUUAACACUUAAACUUAAAUUAGUUAACGGUAAUAGGUUGUUUUUUUAGAGGAUACCACCAUGCAAAGCGACAAAUCCGAGCCUAGUGAAGUCAAGGGCGCCGAGGGUGCGAGCACAGGCGACGCCGAGAAGAAAGCGCUGAGCACGGUGGAGGCAGAAGCUCCUCAGCCCAAAGGGAUCAGUGCGGUGGCGGUGCUCUGGACGUUUGGGAAAUGUCUGGGUGCCUUGCUGCCCGUCUACCUGGCCGGGUACUACCGUGUCAGCACCAGCCUGCUGGUGUGCGGGAUGAUGGUCUACACGGGAUGGAAACAUGCCCGAGAAGCCAAGGAGGCACGCCUGAGGUCAGCUAUACAGCUGCUCAACAACGAGGAAGAGUACACGUCCAGGAAAGUGUCCAAAAUCAAACGAGACCUCCCAGCGUGGGUCAGCUUUCCAGAUGUUGAAAAGGUUGAGUGGCUGAAUAAGGUGCUGCAGCAGGUGUGGCCAUUUGUCGGCCAAUACCUCGAGAAGCUGCUGGUGGAAACCAUUGCUCCUUCUAUCCGAGCCUCAAGCACCCACCUACAAACCCUCAGCUUCACAAAAGUCGACAUGGGAGACAAGGCCAUGAAGGUUGUAGGGAUCAAGGCACACACCGAGAAUGACAAAGGACAAGUCCUGUUGGAUCUUUAUAUAAGCUAUGUUGGCAAUGUAGAGAUCAAUGUUGAGGUGAAGAGAUACUUCUGCAAAGCUGGAGUCAAAGGAAUACAGCUUCAUGGGAUGAUGCGGGUGAUUCUGGAGCCUCUGAUUGGAGAUGUGCCCAUCGUGGGAGCGGUCACCAUGUUUUUCAUCCAACGGCCUAAACUAGACAUCAAUUGGACUGGACUGACUAAUAUGUUGGACAUCCCUGGACUGAAUGUCAUGUCUGACAGCAUGAUUAUGGAUGCCAUUGCCUCCUUCUUGGUGCUGCCCAAUCGCCUGGUUGUCCCUCUGGUUCAGGGUCUGCAUGUGGCCCAACUGCGCUCUCCUUUGCCAAGGGGUGUGGUGCGGAUCCACCUGCUGGAGGCGCAGAAUCUAGCAGCCAAGGACAACUAUGUGAAAGGGGUUAUGGCCGGCCUGUCUGACCCCUAUGCCAUACUGAGGGUCGGCCCUCAGACCUUCACCUCCAAACAUGUUGACAACACAGACUCUCCCAAGUGGGAAGAGAUUUAUGAAGUUAUAGUCCAUGAAGUGCCUGGUCAAGAGUUGGAGGUGGAGGUAUAUGACAAAGACCCAGACCAGGAUGAUUUCCUGGGCAGGACCAAAUUGGAUCUGGGCAUUGUGAAGAAAUCCAUAGUCGUCGAUAAUUGGUUCACUUUGAAAGAGACUCCAUCCGGACGGGUUCAUUUCAAACUGGAGUGGUUGGCGUUGCUACCAAACACUGAUCGACUAGAGCAGAUCCUGAAGAGGAAUGAAAGCGUCACUAGCAAGACUGCGGAUCCACCUUCCUCAGCCAUCUUGGUUGUAUAUCUGGACAAGGCUGAGGCACUUCCUAUGAAGAAGGGAAAUAAAGAGCCCAAUCCCAUGGUGCAGCUGUCUGUUCAGGACAUCACUAGAGAGAGCAAGACUUGUUACACCACCGUUAAUCCUCAGUGGGAGGAAGCUUUUACCUUCUUCAUCCAGGAUCCUCGCAAGCAGGACAUAGACAUUCAGGUGAAGGACGCUGACCGUGUGCAGACACUGGGCAGUCUGACCAUCCCUUUGUCCCGUCUGCUGUCCAAUUCUAACCUCUCUCUGGACCAGUGGUUCCAGUUGGACAACUCUGCAGAUGCCAGUCGCAUCUACAUCAACACAGUUCUCAGGGUCCUGUGGUUGGAUGAGGACCGUGUUCAAUCUGAUGUGUCCUCUAAUCUGGAGGCCGGUAUAUCCAAACAGCUGCCCCAGCAGACCUCCGCUCACUCUAGCUUUGCCACAGAGGGACUGCUCAGAAUUCACCUGUUGGCAGGGCAGAACCUUGUUCCCAAAGAUAACAUGAUGGGGGGCAUGGUGAAAGGCAAGAGUGACCCCUAUGUCAAGAUUAAUAUCGGAGGUGAAACAUUCACAAGUCAGGUUAUCAAGGCUAAUCUUAACCCCACAUGGAAUGAGAUGUAUGAGGUGGUUCUCACUCAGCUGCCUGGCCAGGACCUGCACGUGGAAGUGUUUGAUAAAGACAUGGACAUGAAGGAUGAUUUCAUGGGCAGGCUGAAGAUCAGUCUGAAGGACAUCAUCGAUUCUCAGUACACUGAUCAGUGGUACACUCUCAAUGAUGUGAAGUCUGGCCGAGUUCACCUGAUACUGGAAUGGGUCCAGACAGCCUCGGAGUCAGACAGACUGGACCAGGUGCUUCAGUUCUACUCCAGGCAGUCCUACCAAAACAAGGCGGUCCCCUCAGCAGGCCUACUGUUCAUCUUUAUAGAACAAGCAGAUGGCUUACCAGUUAAGAAGAGCGGCAAAGACCCAAAAGUUGGAGCAGAGGUUACUAUUGGAAAAAAGUCACGCAAAACUACAGUGUGUGAUCGUACCACGUCACCUCAGUGGAAUGAGGCUUUCUGCUUCAUGGUUCGAGACCCCAGAGAAGAUAUUCUUGUUGUUAAGCUCUCCCACACCUGGACCUUGCCCAUUGGUUCCCUGGUGGUUCCUAUCAGAGAGCUGCUCUCCGAACCAGAGCUGGUCCUGGACCAGUGGUUCAAUCUGGAUGGAGCUUCCCCUGAGAGUCAUGUUCUCCUGAGGGCUGAACUCAAAAUGCUGAUUCCCAACAAAUGUCCGGGUGCCACUGCUCAGGCUAAGGUCGCUUCAGUGUCAGACCCUUCUCCUGCUCAGAGAAAACAGGAGACAGACACAGUGCUGAGGUCCAGUUCAGUGGACGCUCCUCCUGUGGAGACCAUCGCCUCUUCAGUGACCUCACAUGAAGACGCUGACAUCAGUGAAACAGUCGCUGAUGUGACUGAAGAGAUUGUGGAAGAAUCACAAAGUCCGGCUAUAGCACUGCCUCCUCAUACCUCCCCAGACCUCAGCUUUGCCAGUGAGGGACUGCUGAGAAUCAUCCUAUUGGAGGCCCAGAAUCUGGUUGCUAAAGAUAACAUGAUGAUGGUGAAGGGCAAAAGUGAUCCCUAUGCCAAGAUCAAUGUGGGAGCGGUCGCGUUCCAGAGUAAUGUGAUCAAGGAGAAUCUGAACCCAGUCUGGAAUGAGAUGUAUGAGGUGGUGCUGCAACCUCAGUCAGGACAGGAGGUGCAGAUAGAGCUUUAUGACAAAGACAUGGACAAAGAUGACUUCCUGGGCAGAUACAAAAUCAGCGUGGCAGACAUCAUCCGUUCCCAGUACACAGACCAGUGGUACACUCUAAAUGACGUGAAGUCUGGACGUGUUCGCCUGAUACUGGAGUGGGUCCCAGCAGUGUCCCAUAAUGACACCCUGGACCAAGUGAUGCAGUUACAGUCUCUCCACUCCUACAAGAACAAGGCCGUUCCCUCUGCAGCCAUGCUGUUUGUUUAUGUGGACAGUGCUCACUCAUUGCCUUUUAAGAAAAGUGGAAAGGAGCCCAAGGCCGGAGCCGAGCUCGUGUUUGGUAACACAACCUACAAAACCAAGGUGUGUGAUCGCUCCAGAUCCCCUCAGUGGGGUGAAGCGUUCUACUUCCUGGUUCAGGACCCCAGUGAGGAGAUGCUCAUAAUGAAGCUGUCGAGCGCCUGGGACCAGCCGAUGGGAUCUCUUGUACUCCCUGUGAGAGAGCUGUUCUCUGAGCCACAGCUGGUCCUGGACCAGUGGAUGACUCUGGAUGGAGCCUUACCUGAAAGUCAGAUCCUACUGAGGGCUGAACUCAAGGUCCUGAGCUCAAGGAUGACUGAAGCUCCACAGCCUUAUGUGACGGCUUCAGAGAAAGUGGAGACAGUUCUUCCCACAGCCACUGAGGACAAGAAAAGCUCGGAGCUGACAAGAGAUGAAUCGCUGUCAGUAUCCAGCCGGUUUAAACACUCUGAAGCAGCGGGUGCUGCAGCCUCCACAGAAGAUGUUCCUCCCGCUGAACCAGCUGCCAUUCACACUGCACCCGAUACCUUCCCUGCUGCUGCAGUGGAGGAGCCGACAGAUCCAGAGGAGCAGCCCAGACAGGCAGACACAGCCAUCAAAGGAGACUUUGAACCACAGCAAAUACACACAGGUGCUGGUUUAGGCAACCUUGCUCAGGCCACAGUGACUGGUCUUCCCGAGGUCACAGAGACCCCCAAAGCUGAAGAAGUUCUUCCACCACGCACCACCCCAAGCCAGGACUUCGGUGAAGAGGGGUUGCUGAGAAUUCACCUGCUUGAGGCUCAGAAUCUGGUUGCCAAGGACAACCUGAUGGGGGGCAUGGUGAAGGGCAAGAGCGACCCCUAUGUCAAGAUCAACAUCGGGGGAGUCACAUUCAAGAGUCACGUCAUCAAGGAGAAUCUGAACCCAACAUGGAACGAAAUGUAUGAGCUGGUUCUGAGCAGGCAGAGCGUCCAGGAGAUCAAGAUUGAAGCAUUUGAUAAGGAUUUAGACUCUGAUGACUUCCUCGGCAGGUUCAAUAUUAAGCUAAAUGAGGUCAUCAGAUCCCAGUACACAGAUCAGUGGUACACUCUGAAUGAUAUCAAAUCUGGGCGUGUUCACAUGAUACUGGAAUGGGUUCCUACAGUGUCACAUUCAGUCAGACUUGACCAGGUGCUGCAGCUUCAGUCUCUCCAGUCUUAUCAGAACAAGGCUGUCCCUGCAGCUGCUCUGCUCUUUGUCCACAUGGAGAGAGCACAUGCAUUACCUUUAAAGAAGAGUGGAAAGGAACCCAAAGCAGGAGCUGAGCUUGUUCUGGGUGAAACAACCUACAAAACCAAACUGUGUGACCGCAGCACCAGUCCUGAGUGGAAUGAGUCUUUCUACUUCCUGGUCCAUGACCCGAAACAGAUGCUUGUAGUAAAGUUGUCCAGUGGUUGGGACCAGCCGAUGGGAUCUCUGGUGGUUACUGUGAAGGAGCUGCUUGCAGAGCCACAGCUGGUCCUGGAUCAGUGGUUCCAUCUGGAUGGAGCCGCACCAGAUAGUCAGAUCCUGCUGAGGGCUGAACUCAAGGUUCUAGACUCCAAAAUGGUGGAUAUGAUCAGUGCAGAGACUCUGCCCUGUGCUUCCUAUGGAUCAGGAAACGGGCAGGUGAAGUUGUCUCUCUCAUACGCGUCGCAGGAGAGGCAGCUCAUCGUCAUCGUUCAUGCCUGCAGAGGCCUGCCGUCUCAAAGUAAGGAUGGUGUCGACAGCUACGUCUCCCUCAUGCUGCUGCCAGACAAAAGCAAAGCCACCAAGAAGAAGACAGCAGUGAAGAAAAGAGACCUCAACCCAGAAUACAGCGAGAGGUUUGAGUAUGAUCUGUCUGCGGAUGAGGCGAGAUUCAAACGCCUCAGUGUGUCCGUGAAAAAUAACUCUGCCUCAUUCAGGAGCCGCGACGUGAUUGGACAGGUGCAGAUUGAGUUGGCCCAGGUUGACCUGACUUCUGGUGUCACACAAUGGUUCACCCUGAAAGAUGAAGCUGAAUAGUCGUUCUUCUCGCUGAUGUCGUAAUGCGAUGACAAUGAUGUCAUCACUUGGUCUGGCUUCGUGCCACACGCUGCAGCUCACACUGAUGCCUUCUCCUUCCCACAUUUGCGUACAGCACCACCGUGGCAGCCUUACCUGCAUCCACCCAGCUCUGUGUAUAAAUAUUUAGUAUAGAAUUUGGACUGUACUAUAUCUUCACAUACAUCAAUACUCUCACCAAAGAUAAGUAGGCUGAAGUAGCUGAGUUGACAAGGAUAAAGUGAAAGUUUGUACUGACUGAAGGUUACUUUACCAUAUGAAGAGAUAAUGGUGUUAAGAUGGAGAGGAGCAGGUCAAAGAUGAACGGGUCCAAAAAGAAUGAAGUCAUAUUUUAUUGUUUUGUUUUGUUUGCUUUUUAUGUGCUGCCAGAAUAUUUUAAAUCAAGUAUCGUGUUUGACGUGCAGUAAUAUUGUCAUCAUAGGAGCAUAGGUUUUUUUAAAAAAGUAUUGCUCAUGUGUGCUCAUGCCAUUUCAGUAUUUUGGAUUUGUUUUAUGAAGGCUUUCAUUGAAGUUAUUUUAUGUUUUACAGCACCUUGUAACUUUUGUGUUUGAAGUUCCUUUUUAAAAUAUUUUAUUUGAGGGUUUUUUCUACAAGACAUCUAUUUGUUACGCUUAGGCCACAAUUGGAUCAUGGUAUGUUUGAUUUUGUGUAUAUUUGCUAAGAUUAUGGAUCAGAUCCUAUUCUGUUUGUCGAAAGAUGGUAUAACAAAAAUAAACAGAUUUUGCACAGCUCA